UGUUUACGUUUUUUCGCGUGCACACGAUACAACAAAUCCAUCCCCAGUUUUCUGUACGUUUUUCCCUUGUUUUAUUCCAUCGGAAGCACAUGCCGUUUAUCUUCUGAAACACCGACAUCGUCAAUCACAAUCACCACAGUGUUGCUGUACAAAAAUGUUAGAAGAGAUGCGGUACAUAAAGCUGCCGGCGAAAACGUACCGCACGAUAGCGAACACAAACAAGCUGCACUUCAGCCUGGACGGGUUCGGGACGGGCGCCCCGAAGCGCCACUUUGUGAAGGUGAACGUGGCGGAGUUUGUGAGCGAAAUCAAAAAGCGCCCGAUCCUGUACAACACCACCCACCAGGACUAUAGGCGCAUCAGCCUGCGGAACGACGCCUGGAUCGAGGUGGCGCUGGCAAUGAACCUGUCCGAGCAGGAAUGCAAGAAGCGGUGGCGCAGCAUGCGCGACGCAUUCAUCAAAACGGUGCGCAACAAGAACGAGACGGAGCGGAAGGCGUGGAUACACUACCGGCUGCUGGAGUUUAUGCUGCCGUACCUGUCCUCCCGGAAGGAAGACUUUGAGGCGAGCAACGAGUGCAGUCAGUGUAUAGAGAAUGACGAGGAAAUCGAUUACCUUGAGGUCGACAGUGACGACGAGCUGUUCGAUGGAACGAUCGCCGUCUCGUACGUAACGCACGACGGGAAGGAGGUGUUCCAAGUGAUGCACGCACCCAUCAAGCAGGAAAUGCCCAUUGAGGACGAAACGAUGCAGCAAGACACGGAAGAAGAGAUCGAGGACGCUAAUGAGGAGGAGGAAGAGCAGGAGCAGCUGCAACCACUGCCGUACAGUCCACUGCCCGGCCCGGAGUAUCUGCUCGCGACCACCACGGACGACGAAGCCGAGCAAGACGAAGUGGAGCUGUACGAAGAGCAACAGCCACAGCACAACGAUUACCCGCUCGAGUGGCACACGGAGCACCUGGAAAGCGACGGGCGGGAAAUGGAUGACGAUGCGGAGCUGAACGAAUCUCUACCAAGCAAGCGUUUGAAGACCGAACUUCCCUCGGCUUCAGUUUCGAUCGCUUCAUCGUCCUCUCCCUCCCCGGUAACGGUGCAGCAGGAAGCAGCUGUUCCACCUUUAGCACAGCAACAACCAUCACCGCCACCGCCACCGCCUCCACCGGUCCAGCAGGAGGAAAGCAAAGAGUCCGACGCACGGUUAGGCAUUACCGAUCCGGACGAACGGUUUCUGCUGUCCUGUGCACCGAUCCUGCGAAGGCUACCGAACAAGAAGAAUCUGCUGGCGCGGUUACGAAUACAGCAGCUGCUGUUCGAGCUCGAGUACGACGAGAAGUACUGCUACGAGGGUACGUAAAUGGCGGGGUUUGGGGUUUAGCGCUGUGGUGGAAGAGAGACGUCCCUUCCAAUUUCACCUUCAAGGCUGAUAGGUUUGUGCACACACACACACAUUCGAAGGAUAUUUUGUAAAAUAAAUUAUUAUACCUAGAACUACA